AUGCAUUCUGUCCUCUUCAUUGCAACUAUAUGUUUAUUUGUCGCCACAUAUGCUGCGCACAAACUCCUCCUAGAACGGCAACGAUAUCGGAAAGCCCGUCAGCUGGGUUGUGAGCCGGCAAUUAAAUACCCUCAUCGCCUGCCGUGGAUAUUGGACCCGUCAGGCAAGGAUCUACAGAAAAAGCGAUUUGAGGCUCUUCUUUCUGGUAAAUACAAUCGGUUUUACCAAGAAAAGUUUGCUCAGUAUGGUCGAACAAUCGAGGAACGAUCCCCAGCUGGGACGACAUUUGCAACCAUGGACUUGAACAACAUUCGCGCUAUGCUUGCGGCCAACUUCGACGACUAUGAUAAACAAACGACCAGAAUCGGACCAAUCCUCCGUUUUAUUGGCCAUGGGAUCUUUACCAAGGAUGGUCCAGAGUGGAAACAUUCGAGGGACAUGGUGAAGCCUCUAUUUAUGCGUGCACAGCUGAGUGAUAUUGACCGAUUCAAGAAGCAUGUGGACAGAAUGUUAUGCGUGAUACCCCGAGAUGGGAGCACAAUUGAGUUGAGGUCACUCGUGGGCAAGUUGUUCAUGGAUAGUGCAACGGAAUUUGUUUUUGGGGAGUCGUUCGGUUCGCUACAAGCAACUUCUCCCCAAGGCGACGAGCUCAUGGCAGCCUUCUCCAAGGCAAUCAUAGACACAACCAGACGCCGACAUGCUUUUUCGACGCUGGGGUCAAUAUUUGACGCUGGAGUAGACAAGAAUAUUGACAAAAUCCACGCCUUCGUUGAUCGUCAAGUCGCUCGAGUACUUGCAAAGUCAGAUCUGUCAAACUGGUUGGACGGCAAGACCGGUGAUGGCCAGGUAAAAUCAUGUUACGUUCUCCUUGAAGAGGCAGCCAAGCACAUUCGUGACCCAGCCACUCUGAGAUACGAAAUGUUGAAUGUCUUCUUACCCGCGUUUGAGAGUUCUGCAGCGAUAGUCUCAAAUGCCCUCUUCCACCUUGCCCGUAAUGCAGAGCUCUGGGCGGAACUACGGGGGCAAGCCAUUGACCUAGGUGAACAGGAGUUAACAUUUGAGGUUUUGAAGUCGCUGUCACUCUUCCGAUACACAGUGUUGGAGGCCCUGCGACUGCACGGGUCAUCAGGGCGACUUAGCCGCACGGCAAUACGAGACACGGUCCUCCCGCGAGGCGGAGGACCAGGUGGUCACAGCCCAGUCUUCGUGCCCAAAGGUUCAGUAGUCAUGUUCGACCUCUACGUGCAUCUCAAUAACCCACAAAUCUGGGGCCAGGAUGCCAACGUGUUUCGACCGAGUCGUUUCCAAGGAAGGGUGCUAACGUGGGAAUUCGUCCCAUUUUCGGGUGGUCCAAGAAUUUGUCCAGCACAGCAGCAAGUCAUUACUCAAACUGUAUACUUGUUGGUCAGGCUGGCACAGGAAUUCGAAGUGCUCGAAAAUAGAGAUCCGUGCCAGGAGUUUGUCGAGAGAGUGAGGAUCUUCACAGAAAGUGCCAAUGGAGUCAAGGUGGCCUUGCAUGAAGCGCGCAUCAAGGGCGAACGCACAUAA